AUGGCUCUUGUUCCUAAAAUUGUGGCGCAGAGUAUUCUUUUGGCUCUAUCGAAUCGAACGGUUGACAAUGACGAUGUACUGCGUAGUCAGCAAACGUGGUUCUCGUACGCGUUUGUACAUCUUAUGGCUGUUUUGAGACUUUUUACUGGGAAUUUACGGGAAAGAGGUCACAUGGGCCGCCAUACGGGCUAUUGGUGGCAACAGUAUCAUGGAGCUGCCGAACCUACUGGUGUUUGUGUCGAUGGUCUUUGGGAUGAUGUUGGAUACGAAAGCUCUGAGUAUGGUUUCUUAUUACGGCGCUUCACGUGUUUAUUGUGUUGCAAGAAAAAAAAAGGCUUUCCAAAACGUCUGAUUCUCGUGCGUCACGGCGAGUCCGAAGGCAAUAUUGAUCCAUUAUUGUAUGGACGCGUACCCGACAAUGCCAUACAUUUGACAGAACUUGGUUACGAACAGGCAAUAGCUGUGGGUGAGUCGAUUAGGCAAAUAGUCGGGAAGGAAACUAUGAGGUUUAUUGUUUCACCAUAUGUACGCACAAUUGAGACGUUUUGUGGUAUUCGCAAAGCUUGGGGGAUUCAAGGUAAGGUCAUUCCAUGGACCGAGGAGCCUCGUAUCCGAGAGCAGGAUUUUGGUAAUUUCCAGGAACCCAUGAAAAUGCGCGAAUGUAAAGCACAACGUCGGCGAUUUGGUUGCUUUUUCUAUCGAUUUCCAAGUGGAGAAUCACCCGCUGAUGUGUACGAUCGUGUGUCAUCCUUUCUCGAGUCCCUUUACCGUAUGUUUGACAAGUCAUCAGAAGAAAAUUACGUGCUUGUGACACAUGGUGUCGCUAUCCGCGUGAUACUCAUGCGUUACUUCAAAUACCGCAUCAGUGACUUUGAGCGACUUGAAAACUUUCGCAAUGGCGAGUUUGUUGUGCUUGAGUUUAAUGAGUAUGAGGGCAAAUUUAUGCUCAAGACCAUUGUGUCUAAUGAUGUGCACAUUCACCAGGACGGCAUUAAUAUCUUAAGUUAUAUAACUGUAUCGUUACUCAUACCUAUUAUUGGACGUCUUAUGCCUGUGAAACUCUCGGGAAAAGAUUUAUGCAAACGAGGGACUCCAGCUGGAGAUAUUCCAAUUCCUGAGGCUCUAGGAAUCGUAUCAGGGAUUAUAUACAUUCUAGCAUUAAUCCUGACGGUGCUUACAGUAGUAGACAAUUUGGAUGUAAAGCGCAUGAUGACGUGGGGGAUUGUCAGCAUUCUGUCCAUGAUCUUGCUGGGAUUCAUUGACGACUUGUCCGACCUUCGUUGGCGCCAUAAGUUGCUGUUUCCACCACUGGCGUCGCUUCCAUUGUUGAUCAAUUAUGCUGGACUUACGACGGUGGUGCUACCCAAGCCGAUGCGCUUUUUGUUCAUGAAGGACAAGAUACUAUACACGUUGCUCAAUCCUAUAGUACCAAUUAGUGAUGGCGGAGACAUUGCUGAGCUUGGUCUCUUCUAUUAUCUCUAUAUGGGCAUGAUGGCGGUCUUUUGCACGAACGCAAUCAACAUUUACGCAGGUGUGAACGGAUUGGAGGCAGGACAGUCUUUCGUAAUUGGUGCUGCUGUGGUUGUGCAGAAUGUGUGGCAGAUUCUCUUACGCCAUGACAACGAGAAUUUUCACUACCUUUCACUAAUGUUCAUGACACCGUAUCUGGCGACAACGCUUGGUUUGCUGAAACACAACUGGUACCCGUCGCGCGUCUUUGUUGGAGACACGUUCUGUUACUACGCUGGCAUGACCUUUGCAGUGUGUGGCAUUUUGGGUCACUUCAGCAAGACCCUUUUGCUUUUCUUUCUGCCUCAGGUCCUCAACUUCCUGUACUCGAUUCCGCAACUACUCAAGAUUGUUCCUUGCCCGCGUCACAGGCUGCCAAAGUUCAAUGCGAAGACUGGUUUAUUGGAGCCAUCGACAAUCACACCCGAGUCUACCCGGUCCAACUACACGAUUAUCAAUCUGUUCCUUGUAAUGUUUGGACCCAUGAAAGAGAACCACCUUGUUUUCGCAUUGCUUGCGUUCCAAGUGCUGUGCUGUAUCCUGGCCUUCUUCAUUCGCUAUGGGAUCAGUGGUUACUUGUACGACUUCGUGCAAUAG